GCUUGUCAAACAAUUAAAAAAUAAAAUUUAGUUUAUGCCUAAACAUCCAUGCCACUAGCCGCGCCAUCCCGCCACGAAAUCUACAAAAUUUGCGAGACGGUGUAACAAGAAUUAAUAUCUGCGGCUGAAACAUGGCAUCGAAUGAAGGACAGACUGCCAAGUCAAACUUGCAUCAGCAAGACUUAACCAAACUUGAUAUCACAAAAUUGUCAGCUCUAUCCCCUGAAGUGAUCUCCAGGCAAGCAACAAUCAACAUCGGUACCAUUGGUCAUGUAGCUCACGGAAAAUCAACAGUUGUGAAAGCAAUCUCAGGAGUGCAGACUGUCAGAUUCAAGAAUGAACUGGAAAGAAAUAUUACCAUCAAAUUAGAGCGCCUGUCGGACUCAGUGUUGAGGUUGUUUCGUGAAAGAGCUGAUGAGAAAGAUGUGAACGUGUUUGCGGAAAAGUUGAGAAAAUCUAGAAAAAGAAACCAUUCACUAGACCCCGGGGAAGAAGACCUGCCGGCUGCAAAGAAACAGAAGAGAGGCAAGGUGAAGCAGGAGGAAGACUACAUCAUAGAAAAAAUCAUUGAUAUCAAAUUUGAAGAUGGCAAAGAAUAUUUUUAUAUAAAAUGGAAAGGUUAUAAUGAUGAUGAUAACACAUGGGAACCACUGGCACAUCUUGACAACUGUCCAGAACUUUUGCGAGACUUUCUUACUGAUAAAGAAUUAACAUACUGUGAAAGUAUUGAUAAACUAAAAGAUGAAAUUUCAUUUGGAGAUUUACUUGGUGAAGGUAACUUAGUAACUAGAAUAGAUGAAAUAGAUGAGACUGAAAUUUGCAAACUAAAGGAAACAUUAACAAUGAAAUUACUCUGCAUGAUAGUUUUACCUCCAGAAGAGGAACAAUUUGCUACUGAACUUGUUCAAGAUACUAGAAAUAUUUACCAACUCUAUGUAUUGUGCAGACAGAGAUGCCGCCAGAUGAUAUCCUUAAAACAAUGGGAAGAACACAUAAAUCAAGUUGAUAAAUCUAAGAAACUUACAAUAGAAAAUGAGGUAGAUUUAGCUGGUCCACCAGAAAAUUUUACGUAUAUUAAUCAGUCCAUUCCUGGCACAGGUGUGACAAUCCCAGAUGAUCCACCAAUAGGGUGCGAGUGCACCGCCUGCAACUGCCGCUCCAAGUCCUGCUGUGGAAUGCAGGCGGGCCUGUUUGCAUACACUGUCAACAAGAGGUUACGUGUCGCAUCUGGAACGCCAAUUUACGAGUGCAACAAAGCCUGCAAAUGUGCAGCAGAUUGCAACAAUAGAGUUGUCCAAGGUGGAAGAAAUAUCAAGUUAUGUAUUUACAGAACGGCUAAUGGGUGUGGAUGGGGUGUCAGAACAGAACAAAACAUAAAACAAGGCCAAUUUAUCUGUCAAUACGUAGGAGAAGUAAUUACUUUUGAAGAGGCUGAGAAACGCGGGAGGGAAUAUGACGCUAAUGGUUUGACAUAUCUGUUUGAUCUGGAUUUUAACUCUGUAGAAAAUCCUUACGUAGUCGAUGCAGCACAUCUUGGGAAUGUGUCACACUUUAUUAAUCACUCCUGUGACCCUAACGUGGGAGUGUGGGCAGUUUGGGCUGAUUGUCUUGAUCCUAAUCUUCCAAUGCUGGCAUUGUUUGCGACACGGGAUAUUGAUGCCGGAGAGGAAAUUUGUUUUGAUUAUUUGCAGAAAGCAAAUGAUAAUGAUGAAGAACCUGGUAGCCACGCGCCUCGAAGACCUGUGCUGGAGGCAGACGACGCGAGUAUUCCGAAUGGUGACGAAGCAACCACUGCAGACUCCCCUGCCUCUCCUGCUAAGUCAAGAUUUGAAAUUCAACAGCAAAAUAUGAGCAUGCUAAGAAACAGAACUGAAUGCAAAUGUGGGACCAUGAAAUGCAGAAAAUACUUAUUUUAAUUGGGAAAUGAAGUGGCUCAGUAUAAAUGGAUAUGACUCCCAAAUGCUUAUUUUACUUACAGUAUCACAAGUGUAUAUACACUGAAUCUCUUCAAUCUCUUGGAUUAAAUUAGUGCCUUAAUCUAAGCGCCUUUGAUCUUUAUGAAAUAACAACCAUUGUUAUAAUUAUGUAUAUGCAUAUUUUUUGAAAAGUUACUGACAUUUUUAUAAAACUUUUGCUGAUUGUUAUGUUUACAAUACUCUCAUUGUAUUUAUGUUUAGGAAUGAGAAGUUUACUGUGUAAGAUAAAGUAGGUACAGUUCAUUUUCACAAUGAAUAACUGAACAAAUAUAUACAUUUCAAAUACUAUAAGCAUUUGUUAAAGUAGUGACAUGAAAGAUAGGUAGGGUACCUAGUAAGUAAAACAAUUGGAUGUGUAGAAUUUCAGUAGCUGUAUAGUGUUCUUCCCUAGAAUGUUAAAUUUUCGAAGUUUUUGACAAAUAUUAGGAUGAUCAUGAUUAACACUUU